UAAUGGGUAUCAAUUUGGGCUUAGUUUAACGGCACAAUAUAUCAGUCUCAGCAACUAAAAUUAGUUUGCGUCAAUAAUUCAGAACUGUUUUCACAUUUUCUUACAAUCUAUUUUUGGACUAAUUAUUUUAAGAUACUUUCUAAAAUUAGUGUAUAAAAUUCAUUUUACUCUCGUAUCCAUCAAUUUUCCUAACUUUUCUCAUCUUGGAAAACAUUUAAAUUCAUUCACUAUCACAUGCCUCGUUCUUACAUCCUAAAGCUUUUGCAGUGUUUCUCCCUAUAGUAAAAAGAACAAAAAUCCAAAAACAUAAUAAUAGUACUACUGCCUUAGCUUUUGGAAUAUCCUCUUAUUAAUCUCAAUAAAAACAAAAAAAAAAUGGCACGCCAGUUUAUCGUAUUUGCUCUAUUGGCUUUCAUUGUUGCCACCGCUUUUGCCGCCGAUGCUCCCUCAGCUUCCCCUAAGAAGUCUCCGUCUCCGACCACCGCACCAGCAACCAAGACUCCUACUGCCCCAACGAAGGCUCCUACCGCCACACCAAAAUCUUCAUCCGCUAAUGCGCCUAAGUCAUCUUCAGCCGCUUCUCCCAAAACAUCUUCCCCCGCUGCAGGAGGACCCGCCGCCGAGGAUGACUCCUCUGCCUCUGGUCCCAGUGACAGCUCCGAUGCACCUACCGUGUCCUCUCCGCCAGCUCCCACACCCGACAGCACAUCCACUGCUGAUGGACCAAGCGAUGGACCCAGUGCAGAGUCACCAACCAGCGGUGCCGUGUCCACCGUCAAGCUCUCUGUUGCUGGCAUUACAGCCGCCAUCACCUUGUUCUUCUUUUCUUUCUAAGUUAAAUUAGUCCAUAUUUUGCUUAGAAAGAUUGUCGUCUAAUCUUUCAACAUGAGACGUGAACUUAUUAUAUAUAUAUACACAUACGUUUAUAAGUUGAGAUUAAUUGGAGUUACUCUAAACUCAAAAGUCGAUAUGAAUUUUUGUUAGAAACAAUGUUUCAUAUUUUGUUUAAUAUAAUAAAGUUUUGUGGAAACGCAUAUUCUUCUGGAAAA